UCAGCUGUCAAAAUUCAUUAUGCGGUCCGAGUAAUACAAAUACGUGUUCUUUCAAAAUAAAUUUCUAAACUAAUUUAAUAAUUCUUUUUUUUUGUUGAUCGUUUCUACAAGUUGUGUGUAUGAACAAACGGUGCCCGUUCAUUCAAUAAUAUAAAUAGCGUGCUGCGGAUUUCGGUUGAAUUGUAUUGACAAAGUGGUAUUGUUUGAUUUUUAGUGAAAAAUGUCGUCAAAAUCGGGGAAUAAAAAAUUCAAAUGGGCUCUUGAUUUCAAUACAAGAAGUCGGAAUAAUGAUUUGCCAACACCGCCUGGAUUCAAUCCAUCAGUGGGACAGAGUCACAUGGAAGUCACGAUGGACACCGACCAAAGUCAUUUAAUUCUCAAGAAAUCAUGGGACAUUGCCCUAGGCCCGAUCAAACAAGUACCAAUGAACUUACUCAUUAUGUACAUGUCUGGCAAUUCGAUUUCGAUAUUCCCCAUCAUGAUGGUCGGUAUGAUGUUGGUGCGUCCAAUAAAGGCCAUCAUUGCAACACAGGCCACAUUCAAAGUGAUCGAAGGAACACAGGCAGCCGGACAAAAAAUAGUGUAUUUCUUAGGGAACUUAGCGAAUGUUGCGUUAGCUGUAUACAAAUGCCAUAGUAUGGGGCUACUGCCGACGCAUGCAUCCGAUUGGCUGGCAUUCGUGGAGCCACAAUCAAGGCUGGAGUAUUCGGACGGUGGCAUUUCACUAAUAUAGAAAAAAAAACAAAAAACCAAAAAAAAAAACUGCAUUUCGAGCAGUCGGCCGAAUGUGUUUGGGUCGAGGCAAAGCGAACGAUUGUGCGUGUUUGUGUCAUUCAUAGCCAUUUCUGAGUGAUUAGAUAGACAAUGCGCAUGGAUUACCAUUUAAAAUUCUACAUUUAAGGUUGUUUCUACAGCAAAGAAAAAAAACAAAAACACAAAAUUCAGUCAUCAGUUCAGUUUUGGGGGAGAGAAACCCGAAUUCUUUUUAACAGGCAUUUUCUUUCUUUCUUUUCUUUUCUUUUCGUUCAUGAAUUCAAAACAAAAACACAAUUUUUGGAAAAAUCAAAUAAAAAACGAAACAAAAACCACAA